AUGGCGGACUCUCUAGUCACUACUCUCGAGAAUAUACGGCUGUCUGCCAGUGCAUCGGACAACACAGCAGAUGACUGGAUUGACAACAUCCUCGACUCCCAGCGGCCCCGCAAACGGGUCAAGCAAGACCCGCAAGCUCUCAAGCUCCAGCUAGAAGAGAAAUACCUCACGCCCUCAACCUCCUUCUCCCCAGAAUGGCUGAACAAGCUGCAGCAGAGAUGGGAGGCCCCCACCGACUACACAACACUCUUCAAGAUUGCCCCAACCCAAACCCGAACCAUAACCCGCUUCACGCGCGAAGGCCUCGAGGGGCGCGUGACAGGUUACAAAGAGGUAACGGUCCCCGCGAACAGCGCCACCGCCAAAAACAGCACCUCGUUCCUGCGCAAACCAGCCAACAGAGCGGACUUCGUGCGUGGAGCGGCGGGCUUCUUCCCUUUUGCGCCGGGAGGGUUGGAGGGUGUGGAGGCUGCAGCGGCACUUGAGGAACAGGCUAUAAGAAGUGAGGCAAAGGAGCAGGGUGGGAAGAGCAGGUUGGAGAGGGUGAUAAAUUUUAGUGGAGAGGGGGGGUUACUGGAGGUUCCGCCGGGGUUUGAGAGGGGGUUGGAUUUUGGGAAGAAGAGAAAGGAUGAGAGUGAUGUCAAAGAGGCGGAGGAGCUGGAGAAUGUGCUGGAUGAGGAGCCUGAGGAUGAAUUGACGCAGGAUGGAGCGAAGGAGAAUGGUGCUAAUGGAGCUGACUCGGGAGAUGCCUCAGAGGAAGAUGGGGAGGAUGAUAUUGACUCGUUACUGCCCGUCGAAUUCCCCGCUUUGGAACCUCAUGGAGUACUUGCGUCUUCGAGUGCGAAGAGAGGUGGGAGGGAGUGGGCUCACAUGGUUGACGUUAAGAGGGAUAUCACGAAUUUCAGGGAAUUAGUUCCGGAUAUGGCGAGAGAGUGGCCUUUCGAGCUGGACACAUUUCAGAAAGAAGCAGUCUAUCAUCUUGAGAAUGGCGACUCGGUCUUCGUUGCAGCACACACUUCGGCUGGAAAGACGGUCGUGGCUGAAUAUGCAAUUGCUCUAGCAGCCAAGCAUAUGACGAAGGCCAUAUACACUUCACCGAUCAAGGCAUUGAGCAAUCAGAAGUUCCGGGACUUCAGACAAGUCUUCGACGAAGUUGGUAUUCUCACUGGUGAUGUACAGAUCAACCCAGAAGCAAGCUGUCUGAUUAUGACAACGGAAAUUCUUCGAAGUAUGCUUUACAGAGGAGCAGAUCUUAUUCGGGACGUAGAAUUCGUCAUAUUCGACGAAGUUCAUUACGUUAAUGAUCUGGAGCGGGGAGUGGUCUGGGAAGAGGUGAUCAUCAUGUUACCAGAGCAUGUUACUUUAAUUCUCCUCUCUGCCACAGUCCCCAAUACCUACGAGUUUGCUUCCUGGGUUGGACGAACGAAGAGGAAAGAUAUCUAUGUUAUAUCAACACCGAAACGACCUGUGCCCUUGGAGCAUUAUUUGUGGGCGGACAAGGGAAUUCACAAGAUUGUGGAUUCGGAAAAGAGGUUUAUCGAAAAAGGCUGGAAGGAUGCAAAUGACAUACUCUCUGGCCGGGAUAAGCAAAAGACACUGCCAGCGCCAGAGGCCAAUGCUCGCGGAGGUGGCAAUGCUAGAGGUGGAAGAGGUAACAACCAACGUGGCGGAAACCAAAGGGGAGGCGGUCAACAACGAGGUGGGGCACAACAGCGAGGGCGCGGAGGACCUCCCAGAGCCAGCCAUAAUCCUGGCCAUAUGGGGAGGGGAGGUAGACCGGGUGGUCGAACUUCUGCAGCUCAGGACAAGACUCUCUGGGUCCAUCUCGUGCAGUAUCUCAAGAAGGAGAGUUUACUUCCUGCUUGUAUCUUCGUCUUCUCCAAGAAGCGGUGCGAGGAGAAUGCAGAUGCACUCAGCAACCAGGACUUCUGCACCGCCACGGAGAAGAGUGCAAUCCACAUGAUCAUCGAAAAGUCGAUUGCAAGACUGAAGCCAGAAGAUCGCGUACUUCCGCAGAUUGUACGCCUCCGAGAUCUUCUUGGCCGAGGUAUUGCCGUUCAUCACGGCGGCCUGCUUCCAAUUGUGAAGGAAGUUGUCGAGAUGCUCUUCGCCCAAACAUUGGUGAAGGUCCUCUUUGCAACGGAGACUUUUGCUAUGGGCCUGAACUUACCAACUCGAACCGUUGUCUUCUCCGGAUAUCGAAAGCACGACGGUCAUUCAUUCCGAAAUCUGUUGCCAGGAGAAUACACCCAGAUGGCUGGUAGAGCUGGUCGUCGUGGUUUAGAUACAGUUGGAUCAGUCAUUAUCGUUGCUCCAGGCGGCGGUGAGGCACCCCCUGUGACUGAACUGCGGCAGAUGAUUCUCGGAGACCCCUCCAAGCUGCGCUCGCAGUUCAGAUUGACGUACAACAUGAUUCUCAACCUUCUCCGCGUAGAGGCACUCAAGAUCGAAGAGAUGAUCAAACGAAGUUUCAGUGAGCAUGCUACCCAGCAACUGCUACCAGAACACGAAAAAGCUGUCAAGGUUUCCGAAGCAGAUUUGGCCAAAAUCAAACGUGAGGCCUGUGACACCUGCGAUAACGACCUCGAUGCAUGCCACCAGGCAGCACAGAACUACAAGCAAUUGACUCUGGAUCUCCAUCUCGGACUACUGGCCACCCCUGUCGGACGACGCAUGUUCUCACCCAAACGACUAGUCGUCUACACAAGAGACGGUAUCCGGACUCCUGGUAUACUUCUCCGAGAAGGUGCCACCAGCGGGCCUGCUCCUACUGUCCACGUAUUGGAGAUCAAAACUCGCAGAGACCAAAGAGAUUCUACCGACCUGCUCCCGUACUUGCCGAAGUUCAGAGGCUUGUUUACGCGCCUACCUCUUCAACAUAAGAAAUCGAUCGUCACGAAGGCACUCCACAUACCAGUAUCCGACAUAGUAUGCGUUACACAAACUGUCUUCAAAGGGGUAAUUCCUGAAAUAUUCACUGGAGGGGAAGAGCAUCAGAAGGCUCGAGAUCAACUAUGGAAGGUUUGCCAGUCAUGGACAUCAGACGAAUGGAAUGAAAUGGAUAUGUCUCGGGUCAAGGAUCUUCAGCUAAGAGAUCUUAUCGCUGGGCGCCUGGAAGAGAUGAAAACGGCACAGAAAGUCGAGUGCUUGAAGUGCCCACAGUUCGUUAAACAUUUCGCCAUGUGUCAUGAUCAAUGGCUUAUCAAAGAAAACAUCUCUCAACUCCGCCAACUCAUGUCCGACCAAAACCUCCAACUCCUCCCCGACUACGAGCAACGCCUCCAAGUCCUCCAAGACCUCGACUUCAUCGACGACAGCUCCCGCGUGCAACUGAAAGGGAAAGUAGCCUGCGAGAUCCACUCGGCCGACGAGCUCGUCCUCACUGAGCUCGUCCUCGACAACGUCCUCGCAGCCUACGACCCUGCCGAAAUCGUGGCCCUCCUCUCCGCCUUCGUCUUCCAAGAAAAGACAGACAUGGUACCCAACCUCACCGGGAAUCUCGAAAAAGGGAUGAAAGCCAUCAUCGAGAUCUCCGAGAAGGUAAACGAGCGCCAGACCUACCACCAAGUGAUCCUCUCCUCGGACGAUUCCAACGACUUUGUCUCCCGUCCGCGGUUCGGACUCAUGGAAGUCGUCUAUGAAUGGGCGCGCGGAAUGAGCUUCAAGAACAUCACGGACUUGACGGACGUCCUUGAGGGCACGAUUGUUAGAGUAAUUACGAGGCUAGAUGAGACGUGUCGAGAAGUCAAGAAUGCGGCGAGGAUUAUUGGGGAUCCGGAGCUGUUUACGAAGAUGCAGACGUGUCAGGAGAUGAUUAAGAGGGAUAUUACUGCUGUUGCGAGUUUGUAUAUGUAG